CCGCGCUCCUACCGGAAGCGGAAGUGGCUGUCCCGGCGGCUGGGGGCCCGCGAUCGGCGGCAGCGGCGGUGGAUGCCCUGCGGGGAGACUGAGGCCCAGGCAUGGGCUCCAAGGCUAAGAAGCGCGUGGUGCUGCCCACCCGUCCGGCGCCCCCCACAGUGGAGCAGAUCCUGGAGGACGUGCGGGGGGCGCCCGCCGCGGACCCCGUCUUCACCGCCCUGGCCCUGGAAGACCCCCCAGGCCCCUCCGAGAGGGCUGAGGACGGCGAGGCCGGGCGGGAGCAGCUCUACCAGCAGAGCCGGGCCUACGUGGCCACGAACCAGCGGCUGCAGCGGGCCGGCGACGGGCUGAAGGCGCAGUGCGAGGGCCUGCGGCGGGCGGGCGCGGAGCUGCAGGUGGACGUCGGCCAUGUGAAACAGGUGGCGCUGCGGGGGGCUGCGGCCGCCUCCUUGGGCUGACCUGGCCUCCGGCUCACUGGGGACAGCCCCCACGGCUCGCUGGAAACUGCCGCCCUCCCCAGGACACCUGAGUGGCCGCCCCUCGGACAUGGGCCCUGAGCCCCAGAAGCGGAUGCCAGGCUUUCUGUUCUGUGGCCUGGGCACACCCUGGUCCCCAGAGAACCCCGGGGACAGAGCCCGCGGGGGCUGUGGGUGCAGCAGGGACGGCUCAGGGUGUGGCGGGUGCACCUGCCUUGGGGGCACAGAACUUCCCCAGGGUCGGGUCAGGACCCUGCAGAUGCGCUCCCCCCAGGGCUUCCCUCCUGGGACCCUGAUCACCGUCGAGCCCAGACUGCACUUCUUGGGGGUCCCAGCACCGAGGGCCGGUCUGUCCAUGCUCCUCCCAUCCUCUGUGACCCUGCUUCCCCGUCAUGCCAUUAAACUGAGCUGGCAGGACCA